AUGCCUCCCAAAGGGUACCGUAAAUCAAUGCCGGGGCGCCUCAAUAGCACCAUGUUAACACCCUCACGGCGCUCACCCCGGGUCCCGGCGAAAACUACCAAUUCCUCUCCCCAAUCCUCCAAAUCCCUCGACUCCUCCACCGAUUCCCCCGAUUCUUCCUUCAACAUUCGUUUUUUCAACCCAAAGACUCCCUCCAAGUCUUCUUCCACAAACCCUAACCCCGGAGCUGGUUCUCCGGAUUUAUCCUUGAGUCACCGUCGAACUUUCCAAGCUCGACCUUCAAGAUUGUCUACCGUUUUUACGCCGGCCGUGGAAACCCCAACCUCAACAAUCAGUCGACGAACACGUCGUUCAACUGCCAACACCGUACAAAAUCAGUUCUCAGACGACGACUUUGCCGAAACGGGUUGGACUCUCGAACAAUACCUUGGACUCGGCUACGAAGAAGACCUGGCAGGCCAGACUUCUCCCACCAAGUCCUCCUCAAUGGGAACCCUUACCUCGGCUCGUGUACGCAAACCUACAGAACGGUUUCUUGAGUCUCAAACAUCCCAGCCAAAGCCUCACCGGAAGAACGCCACGGUGCCUGUCGCAGUAGAGAAGCAACCUACCAAGAAAAUUCAGAAAUCUUCCCAGAAGAGGGCCAUUGCUCCGAAGAACGCCGUCAAGGCCAUCUCCGCCCAGAAAGGAAAGCAAGUUAAGAAGAAUGCCGAACUUGAGCGCAUCAAGAUCAAGGAAGACGAUGCGGCUCAAGGUCUACACGAGUUGGCUCGUGACGCUUUGGGCCCCGACUUUGAAAUUCCCGAGGAUCAUAAUGAGCUUAUUGAUGAACUCCGCGCGGCCUACUUCAAGCGUGAGUCUGAGGUCAAAGCCACUCGAGAUGCUCAGGACGCCCUGGAAGCCCAGAAAGCACGCGAUGCACUAGAUGCCCAACUUGACGAGUACGAUGACUCAGACGAUGAUGCUGUGAACAACACUGAGCCCAUCAAAGCCUCCAAUUCUGCCAAGCCUCCGAAAGAUGUGAAGACUGUCAAGGACGAUGAAUCUCUUGAGCCUGUCAACCCCAAUGAGACUUUACAGACCGCCGAGGCCUCCCGGGACACUGAGGCCGCUGAAAAGGUUAUUCUUCAAUUCAAAAAAUCCACCCCGGCGGAUAUCGAAACCGAUGGCUGGGUCAAGACCGGCCGUGUUAAUGACAGCGGCGAGGAGCUUGUUCUCACCCCUACCGAUCACAGCCCUUGGCGCUCCCCCCGCACUUACGGUGACGAUGCUCUUCCUUAUCCUCCUGUUCGCUCGCGCUCCGACCAGCAAGCUGAGGGCGAUAUCGCUCUCGGUUUCCCUCCUCUGCUGGGAGACCGAAACAUACCGCCGGGUGCCGGACUGGACUUCCAGACAGAGAACGUCCUCGAAGAAAAGGCUCGAGUCACCAAGGCGCUUUCAAAGACUCCAGCGAAGGCCAUCUCUAGGCCGUCUGCUAAAAUUGUUUCUACAAAUUCUGUCAAGCAUACGUCUAAGGCUGUGGCUAAGGGUACCCCCAAGUCCGUGUCCAAGUCUUCGAAGAUCAUAUCCAAGAAUGCCCCGAAGUCGACCCCAAAGUCUACUCUGAAGUCUACGCCAAAGUCUGCUCCGAAACCCGCCACAAAGACCCCUACAAAGACCUCGACAAAGACCAUUUCUUCCGCUCCCGCGACCAAAGUCCAGCGCAUCACGCUAAAGCUGGGCCCCGCUCCCGAGUCAGAGAAUGAACCCACCUCGGAUGAUUCGGAAUCAUCAGAUGAGACAUCCAAGCAGCCUGUCGUCGCGAAGGUGAAGAAACGCAAGGCCGAUGUCCUCUUCGACGAAGAUGAGCCCAAGCCGACCGUGCCGAAGAAGCGCGCCACUGAGAAGUCCACCUCCGUCAAGUCCAAGACCUCCGCCAACCUUGCUCCUAUCACUGAAACCUCCACCACCGUGAUCAUCCCCACUGGCCGUGGCCGUGGUUCUUCUCGCGCUGCCCCUCGUGGUUCCCGAGGUUCUCGUGGCUCUCGCGUCCCUCGCGGCGCCCCCAUUUCCCGAGGUCGUGGCCGCGGUCGUGGUUCUGGAACUGCAACUGCAACCACUACAGCUCAACCAGCCGGAGCUAGUGCUACCACUACAUCUGGCUCUACAAAUUUCACCCGUGGAAAACAAGGCGAAGCCCGCGCCGCCCGAGGCCCAGGUCGUGCUCGUGGCCGCGGCCGCGCUCGUGGCGGUGCUUAA